UUAAGCUUAACCCUACGCCGCCCUCUCUUUACACCGUCGACAAUGGCGGCCGCCGCUUCCACCUCCGCCUCCCCAGCAAUCACCAACAACACCUCACUCCUACCCAAACCCAACCUCAUCGCACGAUUCACUCUCCCAUCCCCCCACCACCCCGCCCACUCCCCCCUCCGCCGCCGCCACCUUCAAAUCUCGAACGUCCUAUUUUCCCCCAAACCCAACACCCAACCUCAGGAUCCCCCCUUCCUCUCCCGAUUCGCCCCCGACGAGCCGCGAAAGGGCAGCGACGUCCUCGUCGAGGCCCUGGAGCGCGAGGGCGUCACCGACGUCUUCGCCUACCCCGGCGGCGCCUCCAUGGAGAUCCACCAGGCCCUCACGCGCUCCGACAUCAUCCGCAACGUCCUCCCCCGCCACGAGCAGGGCGGCGUCUUCGCCGCCGAGGGCUACGCCCGCGCCUCCGGCUUCCCCGGCGUCUGCAUCGCCACCUCCGGCCCCGGCGCCACCAAUCUCGUCUCCGGCCUCGCCGACGCCCUCCUCGACAGCGUCCCGAUGGUCGCCAUCACCGGCCAAGUCCCCCGCCGCAUGAUUGGGACCGAUGCCUUUCAGGAAACCCCAAUUGUCGAGGUAACUAGGUCAAUUACGAAGCAUAAUUACCUUGUAUUGGAUGUUGAUGAUAUUCCUAGAAUUGUGAAAGAGGCCUUCUUUAUAGCCCGAUCCGGUAGGCCCGGCCCUGUUCUGAUCGAUGUUCCUAAAGAUAUUCAGCAGCAGAUGGUGGUUCCGAAUUGGAAUCAGCCAAUGCGAUUGAGUGGUUAUUUGUCUAGAUUGCCUAAACCCCCUUGCCAGAUGUUGUUGGAGCAGAUUGUUAGGUUAUUAUCCGAAUCGAAGAAGCCGGUGCUUUAUGUAGGAGGGGGUUGUUUGAAUUCGAGUGAGGAGCUGAGGAAAUUCGUCGAGCUUACUGGAAUUCCGGUUGCAAGCACCUUGAUGGGGCUCGGUUCGUAUCCUGGUUCUGAUGAGGAUUUCGCCUUGCAAAUGCUGGGGAUGCACGGCACUGUAUACGCGAAUUAUUCAGUGGACAAGAGUGAUUUGUUGCUUGCGUUUGGGGUUAGGUUUGAUGACCGUGUGACUGGUAAGCUCGAGGCGUUUGCUAGCCGGGCGAAGAUUGUUCACAUUGAUAUUGACUCGGCUGAGAUUGGGAAGAACAAGCAGCCUCAUGUGUCGAUUUGUGCAGAUAUCAAGCUGGCUCUUGAGGGGUUGAAUUCGAUACUUGAGGAUAAAAUGCACGGUGGUGGUGUUAGCCUCGACUUUUCAGGCUGGAGGGAUGAGUUGAAGGAGCAGAGGAUCAAAUACCCCUUGAGUUUUAAGACGUUUGGAGAUGCAAUUCCCCCUCAAUACGCGAUUCAGAUGCUUGACGAGUUGACAGGGGGGAAUGCUAUCAUUAGCACUGGCGUGGGGCAGCACCAAAUGUGGGCUGCGCAGUUCUACAAGUACAAUAGGCCGAGGCAGUGGCUGACCUCGGCUGGUCUUGGCGCUAUGGGGUUUGGUCUUCCUGCAGCCAUUGGAGCUGCUGUUGCGAGGCCUGAUGCUGUCGUGGUGGACAUUGAUGGCGAUGGGAGUUUCAUGAUGAAUGUUCAAGAGUUGGCCACGAUAAGAGUGGAGAACCUUCCGAUCAAGAUAAUGCUGUUGAAUAACCAGCACCUGGGCAUGGUGGUCCAAUGGGAAGACCGUUUCUAUAAGGCCAACCGCGCUCACACUUAUCUGGGAAACCCUUCGGAUGAGUCGCAGAUAUUCCCCAACAUGCUCAAGUUUGCAGAGGCGUGCGACAUACCAGCAGCCCGGGUGACUAGGAAGGAAGAUCUGAGGGCGGCGUUGCAGAAGAUGCUGGACACCCCCGGCCCGUACUUGUUGGAUGUGAUUGUCCCGCAUCAAGAGCACGUGCUGCCUAUGAUUCCCAGCGGCGGUGCUUUUAAAGAUGUGAUCACUGAAGGCGACGGAAGAACUAAAUAUUGAGGUAGAUGAGGAUAUGCUAUCAAGCAGGAAGAGGUAUUGCUUGUUUCUGUUGUCACUGUUUUUUGUAUUUAGGUGAUUGGAGAGGUUGAAAAUCAUCUGUUAUUGAGGAAUUUGAUGAUAAAUGUACUUUUGAUCUAGGGUGUAUUAACUAAUAAUGCUAUUUAUGUAUGUAAGAUUUUAGUGCAUGGAUUGAUUGUUUUUAUUAUGUAUGGUGAAAUGAAUCAAAAGUUUAGUUA